AUGGCCGACCCAGCUUCCGUCAAUGCCGUAUUGAUUCCUUGGCGAAAUGCCCCGCUGACGGUUGGGCUGCGUCCAAGUGAGCCCGCAGGAGACAAACUAUCAGCACCGAUCAUCAUCUUCGUUAACGGGCUAGGUAAGGCUAGACUAUCAUGGUCAGAGACCUGGAAGCUCCUGCCAAAGCAGUACACCCUUCUCGACUACGACCGCUUCGGGCAGGGCAGUACCUCUCCUCUUCCAGAAGAUGUUCCCGAUGACCUUCGCGAUGGUGCGGCAGCUGCCCAGGAUCUCUACGAGCUCAUCCAGGAGCUCACAAAACAGGGACAGCUCCCAGAUCUCUCCUCGUCCACCACGAAUAUCAUUCUUGUCGCACAUAGCAUAGGUGUAGCCAUUGCUCGGCUCCUCCUGAUUAACCACGACGUCCCAGCCAUCAAGGCAGCUCUAUUCUUAGACCCCAGCAUAGUGAAUUCGGAUUUUGUGUCGCUGUUCCCGGCGCCGCAGGAUGACGAACCCGAAGAGCUUACCAAAACGCGCGAGGCGACACGGAGGAUCUUUCACCCAGCUUCGCCGAAUCCGGAAAGGUUCAACCGCCUGACUUUCCUGAAGCUCCUGCCGUACGCCGAGAAGCCAGCGCUCGGCGGUGAUCCGUAUCUCACAGUCGUGGCACACGACCCAACGGUUGCUUUUGGCGAGGCGGCUGAGAAGAUGGGUAUAAGUACUAAAUACGCGCGUCAAUACGUCGAACCCUACUGGCAAGACUACAAUAAGAAGUUGUUGCUGUCGGUCACCGAGGAGAAGAGAAGAGGACCUGUCGUGGCGUCUGACGCUGAUCAUUUCAUUCAAUCUGAUCGACCCGACGUUGUCGCUGAUGAGAUUGUACACCUGGUUGAGAUGCUAUCACGCAAGAAGUAG